AUGAGGAAAACCUCCGAGGAUUGUCUCACUUUGUCUCCAGACUGGAAAGUAGAAGAUGAGGACAUCACACAGUAUAGUCCAGGAGAAAACCCGACUCCCUCCAAUGUCCAUCCGGCACCACCCAGUGUAGAUGGACCAUCGGAUUCCUUGGAUCCUGAGGAACCUCAGACUGUGUGGGACCGGGCCGGCCUUCCAACAGGGAAGAGAUUCUCCUGUACUGAGUGCGGGAAGGGUUUCUGUUCUAAAUCUGUUCUUAAUAGGCAUAAAAGAUCUCACACGGGGGAGAAGCCGUAUUUCUGUACAGAGUGCGGAAAAUGUUUUUCAGUGAAGUCUAGUUUUCACACACAUCAAAGAACUCUCACACGGGGGGAGAAGCCGUAUUCCUGUCCUGAGUGUGGGAAAAGUUUUUUCAGAGAAGCCAGACUUUACACACAUCAAAGAACUCACAUGGGGGAGAAGCCAUAUUCAUGUCCUGAGUGUGGGAAAUGUUUUUCAGUGAAGUCCCAUCUUUACACACAUCAAAGAUCUCACACGAGGGGGAAGAGCUUCUCCUGUCCUGAGUGCGGGAAAUGUUUUUCAGUGAAGUUCAGUCUUUCAAGACAUCAGAGAUCACACACGAGGGAGAAGCCAUAUUCUUGUCCUGAGUGCGAAAAUGUUUUUUCACAGAUAUCCAAUCUUCACACACAUCAGAGAUCACACACUGGGGAAAAGCCAUAUUCCUGUCCUGAGUGCGGGAAACGUUUUUUCACAUAG